GUUGCGGGGUGAAUGUCACCUCCACGGCAAGAUGGCGGCUAGAGUUCUCCUGAGCGUUGUAACCGGUGCCAGGAGGGCUGCAGCCCGGCCUCGAAGCGAGCACCGCGUUUUAUCUUUAGAUGCCGGCACCGCCACGUUAACUCUAACCAGGGCAUUGUCUGCAACUUCAUUCAACAACAGGGAGGAUAGCUGGUUUAAAUCGCUGUUUGUCAGAAAGGUGGAUCCACGCAAAGAUGCUCAUUCAAAUUUGCUAGCUAAAAAAGAAACAAGCAGCCUAUACAAAAUUCAAUUUCACAGUGUAAAACCAGAAUCCCUAGAGGCUUACAACAAGCUUUGCAUAGAUGUAUUACCGAAGAUUCACAAAGAUGACAAAUACCCUUGUGAGCUCGUAGGGACAUGGAAUACAUGGUACGGAGAGCAGGAUCAAGCUGUCCAUCUGUGGAAAUACAGUGGAGGUUACCCUGCACUUACAGAGGUGAUGAAUAAACUGAGGCAAAACAAGGAGUUCAUGGAAUUUAGGAAGGAAAGGGGACAAAUGCUACAUUCCCGAAAAAACCAAUUGCUUUUAGAGUUCAGUUUCUGGAAUGAACCUUUGCCCAGGACAGGACCCAAUAUUUAUGAACUCAGAUCAUACCAGCUCAGGCCAGGAACAAUGAUUGAAUGGGGUAAUAACUGGGCUCGUGCCAUUCGAUUUCGACAAGAGAACAAUGAAGCAGUUGGUGGCUUCUUCUCGCAGAUUGGUGAACUGUAUACAGUGCAUCACCUAUGGGCUUAUAAAGAUUUGCAGUCAAGAGAUGAAACACGAAAUUCAGCAUGGCAGAAACCUGGCUGGGAUGAAUGUGUAUACUACACAGUGCCACUCAUUCAGCGGAUGGAUUCCAGGAUUAUGAUCCCACUGAAAAUUUCACCACUUCAGUAGAGCUCAACUAGGAACAUCUUGCAAGAAAGUUAAUAAGUUGUGUUUUGUCUUAAUAUAUGAGGGAAGAAUGAGCUUGUCAAGAUUCAAAAGCAUAUUUUAACUUCUGGACCUUUUAUCAAAUUUACAGAAAUAUUUCUGAAGCUAACUCUGUUACCAACGGUAAUAUUUUAUUUCCAAAGCACUAAAAUUACACUGUUAGGUGUUUAAAAUCUUGAAUGCUUACCAUAUAUUUUAUUGUCUUAUUUCAGUUUUGCUGCACUCCUUUACCUUCGGACAGUUUCAUUAAUGUUGGUGUGGUUUUUUUUAUCUCAUCUGUUCCACUUAUUUUACUUAGUGGAAUAGUUUUUGAAAAGUGUAAAUUUAAGGUAUUAAUUCAAUCUUGUGUUCCAUUGUGCAACAUGGACAAAUUAUGCCUGAUUCUUGGAAAAAAUAAGCAAAGUUCCCAGCCCAAAACACUGAUCCCCAUUCAGUAAGAUCUCAGAACAUCACAAUUUUUAACUCUUAGUUAGGGAAUUACUUUUUAAAUCAAAAUUAGUUUUUGUGAAGAAAGAAUAGUACACCUGCUGUUUACCUGAUACAAAUUCAACAUAAAAUGUUAUAGUAGAUUAUUUUUGGGUUGCUUUCUACUGCUGUAGGUGGUGCAUGUUAAAUCACUGUACAAAAUUUAAGCUUACAAUGUCAUUUUUUUAAACUGGUUUUGUCGUGUGCUUAUUUUUUUAAAUAGCACUAUUAUGUAUAGUUUUUGGGAUUUACAAUAAUUAAGGUAAAUCUAAUUAAUGAAAGGAGUGAGUUUCGAGGUCAUUGAUCAACAGUCAGGCUACAACAGCCAAUACACUCUUAAGACUAUAAUAAACUUGAUUUAUGAUA